AAAUAACUUUUAGAAUGUAUUUUUCUUCUGUCAACUUUCAUUUAACACUCCAGUCCAGUUGGUGGCAGUAAUGCGCUUUCAUAGUCGGUCAAGCAGCCGCCAUUAAACUCCAGAGGAAGAUUUGCACCCUCGCUAACGGGUGCUACUGCGAGACCCAACAUGAACAAAAAUGCCCAUGAGUUGAGUAAAUGGUGGGAAAAGUCCUAUUUCAUGGAGUUACCUUUUCAGUAUCGUUUUGAUAUUAAGCAAUGUUCCGGCGGAAAACAACAGAUGAACCGCGGCGGUCCAACAAGGCCGAACUCACGACCUGAAAAAUGGCCAAGCCUCCACAGCCAGGCCUCAGACCACGGUGCCGAGGCGCUCUUACGGAGUCCACCAGGACGAAGAGAAAUUCAACUCCACGGAAUGGGAGUCACAUUUGUGUCAAUCAGACUCUUCAGGAACGUCCUGAUGUCCGUGAUGAGGACAGAGAUGCAACUGUCUGCAUCCAGGACCUACUGCCAGUCAUCUGGAUGUUGGUCAAGAAAGAAGCAGCUGAUGGAGGAAGGCAGAGAGUACUGGCAGCAGAGGAGGUGGCAUUCUGAGAGGAUGGCAGCUAUGAGGCGGUGUCAGGAUAGACCCCAAGUUCCUCCAUCCAGGAGCUCAGUGACAUCAGGACUACAAGACAGGAAGAGACGUCAGGUCUAUGCUACAGGAGAGAUGUUGGGCCUGUCCUGAACGCAGCAUAAUGUUUGAUCAUGUUUGGACAAAAAAAACACUGCCAGAUGGUCCAGAAAUGGACAAGCAUUUAUAUCUUAUUUUGUGUGCAAACAGUAAGAUAAAACACCAAAAGUC